AUGGCUCGUUUGAUGCGCCGGUUCAGGGGCGCAUCACCGGUCGCCCUGGCGCUGGAAUUCGCCGGGCUACAUUGCCCGGGGGGCUCCGCGGUCAAGGUGGCUUCCUCGGGGGCCCGUGUGCCCCUGGGCUGGCCCUCCCGGCUCCUCUGCCGAGGGGUGAAACUCAAGCAGCGGCUCGUUUCGGGGCUCCUACUCGCCGCAUCGGCCAUUCUCUUCCUCACCCUCGUCCGCAUCACCGGAGUCCGCCAGCUGCCGUUCGCGUCGCCGGCGCAGGACUGGGUGCCCAGCCACCGCAAGGGAGUCGCCGGACCGUCGGUGCAGCAGGUGGCUGCACCGUGCAGACCGUUCCCGUUUGGCCCUCCGCUCAUCCGCCUUACUGUGAAUUCCAACCAACUGGCCCAACUUGCCGUCUUGAUGACUAACAACGGGCGUCGUCUUUCGCAGGCCGGGCCCGAUCCGUCGGGAGUCCUCGGCAAGAGACUCUUGACCAAGGCCUCGGUCGAAGGAGGUUCCAAGAGAACGGGCAGCGAAGCCGCUGGAGCCGGAGGCCAAGCGGAUCCCGGCCCGGGUUCGCUGGCGUCUUCGCCACCUCCUCCGCCGGUGCGCAGUCGCGUCAAACCCUCGGUUGCGGCGGCCAAGGGUUCGAAGAAGAAUGACGCCGCGGGAGGCAACGCGCUGGCGGGCGGCAACAAGAGACGGCCCGGCAACGCAGCCGCUGGCAGCGCGGAGAAGGAGGUCGUCGACGGCGAACCGCAGCAGAAGCCGCCGCACGACCCCUUCGAGGACCUGGUGCACAUCGCCUGGCCCCCGGCCGAAACGCGCCGGGCGGUCGUCAGGCCCCGACGCUACAACCCCACGCUGGGGCACAUCCUUCAGAUCGAGACCAGCCACAACAUGACCAGCUGGGAGCAGUUCCAGACGGGCAUCGCGCGCGAGUGGCUCUACCCGGAGAACUCGGAACUGGUCGAGCGCAUACUCCACGAGAUGGCGACACUGCCCAUCGUGCACGUCGGCCUCAAGGAUGGCGGCACGCAGCUGAAGCUCAUCAUCGACUACGAAAAUGGCGGACAGGCUCUUUUCAAGCCCAUGAGGUUCUCUCGUGAAACGGAGACCAACCCGAACCACUUCUACUUCGUCGACUUCGAACGUCACAACAGCGAGAUUGCCGCCUUCCACCUCGACAGGCUGCUCGGGUUCCGGCGGGCGCCCCCCGUGGUCGGCCGAGCGCUGAACAUGACGACCGAGAUCUACGCCAUCACGGACGAGGACAUCCUCAAGACGUUCUUCGUCUCUCCAGCCAACAACCUGUGUUUCCACGGCAAGUGCAGCUACUACUGCGACACGUCGCACGCCAUCUGCGGGAACCCGGACAUGCUGGAGGGCAGCUUCGCGGUCUUCCUCCCUUCCAAGGACAUCGCGCCUCGCAAGUCCUGGAGGCAUCCGUGGCGCAGGUCGUACCACAAGCGCCGGAAAGCCAAGUGGGAGCUGGACGACGACUACUGCGUCCAGGUGCGCGCCACGCCCCCUUACGACCGCGGCCGGCGGCUGCCCGACCUCAUGGACAUGGCCGUCUUCGAUUUCCUCAUAGGCAACAUGGACCGGCACCACUACGAGACGUUCCUCUCGUUCGGCAACAACUCUUCGCCGCUACACCUCGACCAUGGGCGAGGCUUCGGCAAGCCCCACCACGACGAGCUGAGCAUCCUGGCGCCGCUGUACCAGUGUUGCCUGCUGAGGCGAUCCACGCUGCGGCGGCUGCUGUCGUUCCACAGCGGGCCGGUUCCGCUGAGCGCCGCCAUGCGCCGCUCGCUGCGCCGAGACCCCGUGGACCCGGUGCUGACCGAGCCCCACCUGAGCGCCCUGGACCGGCGCGUCCAGCUGGUGCUCGAGGUGGUGCGAGAGUGCGUGUCCGAGCGAUCGGCCGCCGAGGUGGUCAUCGUGGACGACGCCUGAGAUAAAGAAAAACAGCGCGUUCCGCUCGCCGUAAUACGCCGGUCCUGAAGCUUCCAGUACAUAUCAGGUCAUUUUCCGCGGCCAGGAUGUCCCACGAACACCAGCCCAGGCCGAGACCCACCAGGCCUCCUCCGAUGCGCUUUCGGCAACCCGCCGCGCCGGCCUCUUCGGAGAUGCACGACCAACUGUGGCCUCGCUGGUCGAAAGUGUUACACGAAGCGCGCCGUGGAGUGGACGCUUGGACGUGCAUACUGGACAUGUUUCCUUUCUCUCUCUCUCUCUCUUUUUUUCUUAUUUCGACGUCCCCGCAUUUGUGAGUGAUCCAAGUGCUUGAACAGUGCAAGUGAGUUUGCCGCUCGCUUUCAACAGCGUGCGACGCUUAGGCUUCGGUUCACUGUGGCAAACACGUCGUCGACGCGGCAAGCGUACCUUUGUGGGUGGCCUGUGCUGCGCGGAAACGUACGGUGUGCGCGACGCAUUGCGUGUGCUCCCUCUCGGUAAUUGCGCGCAGUGUGGUAAAAGUGCAGCAGCUUUAAGUCAUCACAGACAUUGUGGGUUAAGCCGCUGGGUCCACCAGCUGUCGCGUGUGCCCGAUAUGCGUUAGUCAUCUUCAUUCUUUCAGUACUCUGGACGAUCGGCAGCUCUGAAGCUUUCCGUUUUCGAAGGUAUGCGCGCGUCUCACGCUAUAAAAUGAAAGCGCAUGCUGGCUGUCUCGUCCGGUGUUUGGGGCUACAGUGAACGCUCGCUAUAACGAAAGUUGUCCAAACUUCAGGCUGCGGUGAACACUUGUUGCACUGAAGUCACCCUUAAGCAUUACUCGAGAUAACUUUUCGCCGUCCUGCGAUGUACUGUCACCGGUUAGAAUGCACCAUUAACCGAAAUGUUGUACUCAGUAUCAUGUGUACUGACCGUAUACGUAUAGUGACCUUUCAGCUUUUAUUUUUUAUCAACAUUCGUCAUAUGCACUCUUCUCCCCACCUGCUAACUGCUUUCUAACAUCUGUCAGUUGUAAGGUUAUGGCUACUAUUAUCACUCUUUGUUCUGAACAACACGAAAAUUAUCUCGUGGUUCCGUGAGAAUUUCUACUGCAUUCAAAAUUACUCCGCUCUUUACGUACAUGUCGUUUCCGAGGAAACUCUUCGCCGUCCUCUCCGUUGUGGUACGUGCGGCCCAUGUGUCAUCGGCUGUGCAGUAAAAUUUCGUUAUAACGAGACCGCUUCGUUCAAACUGCCGUUAGACUCAACGUCCUGCCGCCAGUAAUGCAAUGGCAUCGUUACAUUUGCAGCGCCUCAGUUUUCUCGAAACCCACCGUGGUUGCUUAGCGGCUGUGGUGUUUCGCUGUUAAGCACGUGGUCGCAGGGUCGAAUCCCGGCCAUGGCGGCCGGAUUUCGCGUCUGGACGCUUGUGCUUGCUUGCGAGAAUUUUGAACCUUCAUUUGACUGCGUACCAUGAGUGCAUUUAUUUCUCAUGUAUGUUCGAAUGUAAUGUAACCCGCCGUGGUUGCUCAGUGGCUAUGGGGUUGGGCUGCUGAGCACGAGGUCGCGGGAUCGAAUCCCGGCCAUGGCGGCCGCAUUUUGAUGGGGGCUAAAUGCGAAAACACCCGUGUAUACUUAGAUUUUAGGUGCGUGUUAAAGAACCCCAGGUGGUCCAAAUUUCCGGAGUCCCCCACUACGGCGUGCCUCAUAAUCAGAUCGUGGGUUUGGUGCACGUAAAACCUCAUAAUUAAUUUUUUGUUUGGGUUUGUCGAAGUUCUGCUUGCACCAGACUUUUCGCCGUCUUGUUAUGUUCGUCGUAUAAUGUGCGUCUGUCUGCCCCGCACUAAAGGUGUGCUGUAAGCUAAUCGCGUCAUUUCACUGUUCCAAAUAAAUGUGGCGCUAUUCGUAAUGUCUUCGCUUUUAUCGCACCAUUCGCUUUGGCCGUCCCGCGCUGACUUCUUUAUAGCGGAGCCGUCCUCCCCUGACUUCGUUAUAGCGGGGGUGCAUUCUCGUACCUUGUUUCGCACACAGAGGGAAAGCGUUUUGUGGCAAUUUCCAGGCGUUUCCUGAGCCCGUCGAAAAACGAAGUUUUAGCCCGACGUGGCACUUACUAACGUUGGCGCAGUAACCAGACGAAGUCGAUGACGUCAGCGCUGUUUUUUUUUUGUGGCCCCUUGUGAAAUCGUGCUCACUCAAAGUUUGUAGCAGAAGUCCUUAUCGCAACCACUUUCUGCGUUACGCUUCAUCUGCUGCUUUAGGCGUCCCCGCGAGUGGUGUGAACUUCUUGCGUAGGCCGGAAGUUCGGCCGGAAGUGCCCCGUCCUGUCUUCUCUCUUCGUUCUCGUCUUUGUGCACUUUUACAGUUUCAAGAUGCUAGUAAACCAACUAGCCCAGUUGUCUAUUCUGUUAGGAUUUAGCCCUCCCCCGACGCGGAAAGUUGUGCAACGCCAAGAACGUUUCUAAAAUUCUCGUUAAAUGUACAGCGUCGCGAUGUACCGCCAGGAGCGCUGCUGUUCCCGGCUCAUAACAUCCAUCCAUCCAUCCUUCUCCUUACGUCAGUAGUAGUAACACGUGCGCACCUGGAUAGAACGGUUGCCGAGAGGGAGCACAUGUUUCUGUGCUAAUGUGUGGCGCUUCGGACCUGUGCAUUUUCACGACGGUGUUUAACCGUUUCUCCUCGCCGGUGACGUGUACUGACGUCAUUUCCGCCUUUCGCCAAACCGUGUGUAGCCUCGAGCUAAUAAUGUGCGUGUCAAGGGUUCCGACCUGUGUUCCUUUCACCUCGGCAGCGGGCAGUAUGUCUCGAUCCAGCCGAGAUGACAAAACCAUUCUUAUUACCGUGUGUUGCGGCCGCAGUCCGUUUUUUGUGGCCGCUCGGCCGGACUUUGAUUGAGCAGCGUGUCUACCGGUGCAAAGGAAGUGUACGCUCUCGGUCACAGUUAAGUAGAACAUCUAUCGCACAUAUUUUUUUUUUUUGCUUGUUUAUCGGGACGGACUGAUAACAACGGCUGUGAGGGCACAAUUUUCGUUUUUGUACGAGUCGCGAAGUUUAUUGAAGGCACAAAACAUCGGGCGUUUGCCGGACCUGCGCGCGUUGCCGAACUGUGCCGCCAAACUGGGACGUAAGUGCCAGCAUCUGUGUCAGUGGCGCCAUCUUGUGAAGGCAUGUUGAACUAAGCUGCAGAACAGAACUGUUUCGUCGCGUUUUUUGGUUACGCACAUCUUCGAAAGGUGUCGCCACUAUUGCACAAAGGCUACGCGCCAGUCUGACAGGACCGAAGAUGACGUGCGCGCGUCAUGUUGUAGCUUCGUGCGAGCGCCGCAACAGCGUCACGUGAUGCGUGCGGUGCGAUUCACAUAUCAAUAAUGCGAGUGCACGGUCGCGCUUGCCACAACAAAAGGUUACACUUUUGCUCAAUUUCAGGUAUCUUUCUUUUUUCUUGUUCCACGACAUGCGCUUUCAGUAAUGGCAAGUCACUUUUCGUAUUUGGAUAAAGAGUUCUACUUGAGCUUUAGGCAGCUUCGGAGUACGCACCGCUACGUGUGACAGCCUCCUCGGUUAUUCGAGUUAAUUGUAGUUCGUACGCUUAAGAUCCAAAGUGCAUUUUCGUGGAACUAAUGAUCGAUAGCAUUGCAUUUACACCCCGAUCACAUCGUGUUAUUUCUUCAUAUGUCACCGUACCGCUGUACUGUCAGUCGGUACAUCGUCUUUUAUCUUUUGCUUAAGAUUGUCAGAUGUACACUCGUGUGCACACACUGUAGCAAUUUCUACGAACGGGUGGAUGUAUGAUUUUCUCUUUAUCACACUAUAUAUAUACCGCUGAUGAGGCAUCGCUCCCUCAACAUUUUUUUUUGUACCUGUACGAUAUAAAGCUCUCUAGUCUAACUGCAACACUUUUCACUUGUCAGCGCCACUAACGCAUGUGUCUGCUGAACUGUAGGCAACAGACUGAGGCUGGAACUGUCCCGUAUUCUUAUUGGCAUAACUAAUGACAAUCCACAUGUUGCUUGGGACGUCAGUGUUACAUAGAUUCUUUUUUGAAAUUGUUACACGAGUCAUCCAAAUUCAUUAAACUUUGCAUCGAAGAUUGCGCGUUUUGUACUAGUUGCGAGGCAGCGCUGCGAUUGCCGGUGAAGCUGAAAACCGCUCGUGCGGCAUACAUUUCUCAAAACCUCAAUGCCCGCGAGCUCCGAUUGUGACGUCAUCUAUAAAUAGGCCGACAGUUCAAUGCCAUGCUUUGGAAUAAGCAUCGUUCUGAGUGUUGCCAGCUUCCCCCAUUGAAAUGUAUCGGCUGUCUGUCGGCCUAUACAUUUGAAUUCACCGUUCAUAGUGCGUAUACCCUGUGUUAUCUAGAUGGCGUUGAUGAUAUAUAACACGCUUGGCAUUUCGUGACACUUCCGGCGACGGCGUUUUAUUUUUAGAAGCUCGAUCGUUUCGGGCACUUUCGUAUGCUUGGCAAAGUCGAUCACUCCACUCGAAGGAAAAAAAAAAGUCGGAACGCAUAAGCCAAACUGUGAAUUCAGUUGAGAGGAAGUGUAUUUACUGUGCGAUCGUGGACGUUUUAUGUGUGCGUGCCUUUGCUGUGAGAUUGGAGAGUUCUAGGUUAGGGGACGCAAGCGGCUUGCGUUCGCAAGAACUAGGUAACUAGGGGCGACAGUACUGCGCAUGCGCAGACUCAGGAGUAGGUGUCUGCGCAUGCGGAGUACCGUCGCCCCUAGUUCUUGCGUACGCACGCCGCUUGCGUCCCCUGAUUUAAAACUCUCUACUGUGUUAAGACCUCUGUGUACGCGUAGUGUGGCAGUCGCGUGGCAUCGGCCACAACCCUUGUGUUCCCAUUUAUCGCCUCCUCCACCAGGUGCGCUCGCAUUUCCGAUGUCCCUCGAUACGUCGACGUGUGGAGCUGACUUCAUUUUUUACAGCGCUCCACUGAUAAUCGAACGAUCAGUGUAUAUCGUAAGGCGUGAGUGUUCCCGAUUGUAUCGGUGUCUCUCCUCUUUUCGCCUCGGCAGCGGAGUCUCUCGGGACUCUUGUGUGUUCAGAGAGUGCCACGUUGAAACGCACUGCAACGGUUGUGUACAGACACAGUUUGAACUGUAUUUUGUGGGGUUCUUUUUUUUCGGCGUACGGUAUGUUACGUGUCCUACGGAUGAGCGACAGCAUCGGUAUGCAAAGAACACUUGUGCCGGCUGAGCUUCGUUAUAUGUGGCGCGUCUGUGUGUGUGUGCGUACCUUCCUGGGAACCCUGUUCAAAGCCCUGAAGAUGCGCGCCUUAUACGUGUACAGCCGAUGUUGUUUCUUCGAAGGCCUUCUCUCUUUUCCUCUCAAAGCCUCCCGGUGACAAUCGAACAUGUCGUCUUUCUUUCUUCGUGACGCUGCCUGUGCUGUAGUUACAGUGUCCCAGGAACAUUAUAGCGGAGUGUCAAAGCACACAGGGAACGCCCUGGUACUGCGCGGCGCAGGCGGGCUCAGCGUUAUACUCUGCAGCAUGUAGCGACAACUCGGAAAGCGAGGAUCUGCGCCAGCGCAGUACAACUAUGCGGCUCCAAAUGAUAUGCUGACUUUCUUUUUUCAUGCUAUGCUUAUGAUUAUACUGUCCUUCUGCUACAACCGCUGUCGUCUAGCUUUCAAGAGUGAUGAUCUUGACCUAUCAGACGCAGAGAUGCUAUCCCUAGCAAACCCUUAAAGCUGGGCUAAUGUGGUCCCGUGUAGGGCCUACAUUCGCUUUACCCAGCGUUAGGCCUACGUUGGCUUCGCCUAUACUGCGCGGAUGCGAUACUCGAUUAUUCGCUAUACGGAGGUGGCGACGACGUCAGAAGUGGCUGCGCAUUGGUGCUCGAACCCGCGUGCGGCGUGCCACAUACUGGGAGAGGAUUCCCAAUGUGCUUUGACUCUCCGAUGCCUCCGCCAUUGCGUCCCUGUUGGUGGCUGGAAAGUGUGACGUGGUGCACAUAUCUCGCGCGCAUAUUGGCUGCCGGCCCCGGACGUUGUUCGGCCUGUGGGGUCGUAGCCGGUGGAAGCCAAUGUUGUAUAGUAUCCGUCUCUACCAUACGUCGCUACCAUACGUGCGCUGUUUUCCUUCUUUUUUUUUUUGUUGGUCGGUUAGUAAAGUUAACGAACUGAGUUCAUCUGAGGUUGAGACAGAGACGCUAAGGAGAAACACUAAUGUCACGUGUGUGACAUAUAGCUUCUAAAGACUCGCAUUCGGGAUUGCUCUGGCUAACGAGCAAGAAUGUCGGUGAUUUGCAUCGAAUCUGAAAGGAAAACUUUCCUAAUAUAACCGCGCCGGCGAUGUCAAUGUGACGUCAUAGAUUUUCCAGUGUUGUCACGCAAUUCGAUUCUUCCUGUUUCUUUAUGGCUUUUUCGGGGGGGGGAGGGAGGGGGUAGAUGGUUAGAGUUCUCCCAAAGUGCAUUUACCAGAUUGACCAUUCGCCUACUUUCGAGUGAAGCGUAGUCCUUCAUUAAAACAGUCGCAUUGACACCGCCAGAUGCUGCGAAAUCCAUGACGUCACGAAGGGUUGGCGCGCAAAUUUUACGGUGGCGUCGCCACCGGCAUUCUUGCUUAUUCGUUCUGUCCUGCCAAGGACGUCACAGAUAAUCGUGAGAGUGACCUAUUUGGUAUUCUGAAGCGCAAUCUGUGUCAAUCUUUACAUUCACUUACUGUUUUUCUUUGGCGUCCCUUUGAACGUAUGCAGAAGCUGUGAUACGAUUGUGCAUAUCGCCGGUGUAGCGGCUCACAGGAUCUAGCUUCAACGGCACACGAGUUGCAUGCAGAGUCCUGCCUACACGUAAGAUUAGAAACAUGUUACAUAGAAAAACAGUUUACCAUAAACGCCUUUACAAAAGCACACGUGUGCACGACAUUAAACGCUCACCGAACUUUGUGGCCAGUGGACUGGGAUAUAAAUGAGGUUGCUGUACGGUCUGUCCAUGUCAACGUAUUAUACAAUUUACGUAAUACUGCGGAACGUAGACGGUAGCAGCAGCGCUGAUGGCUCUAUCUCGUGACUUAGAGUUGAAUUAAAGCUCGCGGAACUAUUAUUGCAGCUAUUAUUGGCAUGUUCAGCAGCACAAUCAUUGGUGUAUCAUGACUUUCUUCUUUUUUUUUUAUACGAGAACAGUCGCAACGCGAAAGCUUUCGUAGCGUAUUGUCGAUCAAUAAUCCGUGUUCCGGCAUGCCAUAAACUCCAAUAAGUGCAUGAACCCGCUAGAAAGUCUAAUAUCGCCGGUGUUAGAGCGACGUCGUUACAUUCGAAUGUAAGGACACUUUGCGAUUGCUUAAAGACAUCCUGGUUCAAAAACGCGAGAGAGAAACUUCAGCUUGAACAAUUUCUUUCCCCCCCCCCCUUUAUUUGCCCGGUUACCUUGUCUGGACUUUCUUUCAACAGGGAACAAGAUGAAAAAUACUACGGCUUUUUUAUUAUGCUUUCGCCACAUCUUGUGUUCUUCGCUAUCUUUUAGUAACAUCAUUCGCUCAACACACUACAAGAGGCAUAUCUUUUUUUGUUUCCUGACAACAGCAGGAUAUUUUGUUUGACAGACUCUCCACCAAUCAACGAUAACCAAUAUAAUGUCAGGAAACGUUUUCUAUGGCCUGUGCUAAUAUGAAUUGAAUGUUCGAUGCGAGUUCUUAAUGAGCUAGAUAAAUUUUUUAUUGAUUGGGGCGGUGGGGUGGUGGUGUAGACGCCCCACACGUGUUUUCGCUGCUCAAGUUCGUCACCUAUUCGUAUAUAUUUAUAGCAUAACAAAUAAAUCGGGCGCAGCGCUGUAAACUUCAUUCGCACGCCAUUGAAGUGAUCGCCGGAAUUCGAUCAGGCCCGCAAAUGUAACGCCGGCAGGGCGAGACGGCGUUUCUCCAACGUCGGUUACACGUUGAAAUAGCCCCACACAUGUCGCGUAUUUUGUGACAUCUGCGUCGCUCGUAUACCUUUGUACUGCGUACCUAAUUUGCAUGUCAUGGCACGUGCACCAGUUUUGGUUGGCACGUGACGGUGGCGCGCAGACCAUGUCAACCGACGUGCAGCUGUUAGAUGGCGCAUCUCUCUUUUUCUUAUUGAAACUGCUUACUUCUUUCUUUCGUGUUCUUGACGCAACGACACUCUCCCGCCGCCGGCCGACGGCAACGCUGGUACUGUCAGUCAUACGUGGUGUAGACGUAGAUAUCUUAUGUGGCUCUAGUUCCUCCGAGCGUAUCUCUCUUUCAAUAUAAUCUGGCACUGAAAAUGGAAGCGUCGAAGCUUGUUCCAACGCUCGGUAUCGCCUUUUAGGCGGCUCUGCAGAUGACGUGCUGACGCCAAACGACACGUUACCCGGGGCGCGUGCGUUCGCGUCAUCUUGCUCCUGAUUGGUCGACGCCAUAGCUGCGCCACUCCCACUCCAGUGCCGCGUUAUUGUGACGCAGAGUGUAGGAGAUGCUGCCAGUGGAUACCGGCAGGCGCGCGUUAGGUCCGUGAUGUUUUUUUUUAACAUGUAAACAUGUAGACCUCUGUUUUGUGUGGUUACCAGGCGGGCAAGAAAAGAGCGUUAGUUCGUGACCGCUGUUUUGUGCACAAGCCACGUAUGUAUGUCUGCGCCACAUCUGACGGUGAUAGUGGCGCCACCUAGUGUGAGCAGUGCAAGACAGCAAGUUAUUGACUUCCACGUCACGUGAUGCAACACGUCACGCGUUGCUGUCGACUUGCAAGAACGCUUGCGGUGCGCAGCAGUCACUGAAGAAGGGCUCAAAUGAAGAAUGACUCAAACGCCUCGGUUAAAUGGAGGCAGCGCACGGAAUAGUCCGAUCAACAGAAGCGUGACCUCUGUUGUGCGACACGCGAUAGGUGGCGCCACUAGCGUCGUCAGAUAACGGUGGCUCUCUCUGCUUUUUUUUUUUUUGUUUUAAUGUCAGUGCGAAACGGACGGACACUGUAUAUCUAGGUAAGGACGUUGCCUGGACCCUGGUGAAACCAUAUCAACUCCUCCAGAGGGUGUUAUAUGCCUCAUGCGUCUUCGUCUCAACACUCCAUGCUGGUCCUGGAGCUUUCUCAAGUACUACUGUAAAGAGGGGGAGGGGGGGGUGUCGGACCAAUGUGUAACCCGACAUUGGGCCUACAAUGGCUUCGUUUCCUGUGCUGCUGGUAUCUGUCAUCGCAUGAAGAGCGCAGCUAUCUGUAUAAGUGCAGUGUCUUUUUUUUAUUUUCUACUCUUUUUCUUCUGCGAAGUUCUUUCUUUUUUUCUUUAUUUCGGUGAACUUCACAGAAAGUGGGCGCCAUUUUUUCUCCCCACGUACGCUACUUCAUGGCAGGGGGAUUUCUUGCGUUCACGGAAGUUUACAACCUCCACUUGAAGGGUUUAUUGUAUACACUUAUAAACCGACGUGAAUUUAAUAUACAUAUGACUAUUUUGUACAGAGGUGACAAAUAAAAGAUAUAUGCCACUGUUGAAA